AUGGUGCGAGAAGGUAUAAUACUGGGUCACAAAAUUUCCUGCAAAGGAAUUGAAGUUGACAAAGCAAAAGUGGAAGUGAUAACUAAACUUCCGCCUCCUAUUAAUGAGAAGGGUAUCAGGAGUUUCUUAGGGCACGCGGGUUUUUACCGCAGGUUCAUCAGAGAUUUCUCAAAAAUCACAAAACCGCUGACCAAUCUAUUGGUUAAGGAUAAGGCUUUUAUGUUCGACAAAGAAUGCAUCAUAACUUUUGAGACAUUAAAGAACAAAUUGAUUUUAGCACCGAUUAUUAUUGCCCUAGAUUGGUCUCUUCCGUUUGAGAUCAUGUGCGAUGCUAGUGAUAUUGCUGUAGGGGCAGUUCUAGGACAACGAAGAGAGAAGUUGCUACAUGUAAUUUACUAUGCUAGUCAUGUGCUAAACCCUGCAAAAUGA